UCUUUUAAGCAAAUAUUCACUCCCAAAACCAAAGUCCCACCUCACUAGUUUUUAAAACUGCUCUUGCAGUGCAAGACAAUACUAGUCGUCUCUAAGAAACGACUGCUAACUCACUAAUCGGGGCUUGAGCUUUUCUCCUUCCGUCUUCCUUCUCAUCACUAAGGAUUCUCCUGAUGGGAUCCUUACAGAAAUCAAAUGGUGGGAUGGGAAGUUUAGCAUUGUUAGAGACAUCGUGUGGCUACUUACUACAAGAAUUACAGAUUAUAUGGGAUGAAGUCGGAGAAGACAAAUUUGAGCGGGAAAAGGUUCUGCUUGAACUUGAACAGGAGUGUGUCGAGAUUUAUAGAAGAAAAGUUGACACAGCUAACAUUUCACGAGCUCGACUACAUCAGCAGCUUGCAGAGUCCGAGGCUGAGUUUACUCAUCUCCUCCUCUCACUUGGAGAAAGAUCACUGCCAGGAAGGCCAGAGAAAAUGGCAGGAACGCUAAAAGAGCAGCUAAAUUCUAUAACACCAGCACUAAGAGAGAUGCAGUUAAGGAAAGAAGUACGAGUGAAGCAAUUUCGAGUAGUACAAGGGCAGAUUCAUAAAAUUUCUGCAGAAAUUGCAGGUCAGACAGAGUAUAAUGAUUCAACAUCACCGGUUUGUGUCAAUGAAAAUGAUCUUUCACUUAAGAAACUCGAGGAGUUCCAAAAUGAGCUUCAGAGACUUCACAGUGAAAAGAGUGACAGACUUCAGAGGAUGGAAAACUACAUAAGCAUGAUAAAAAAUUUGUCAGCCACUUUAGGAAUGGAUUCUUCAUUGAUCAUAACAAAGGUGCACCCAAGCUUGAAUGAAUUAUCAGGAUUGUCAAAGAACAUCAGUGACGGUAUCCUGGAAAAGCUUGAUCGCACAGUGAAAUCCCUUCAAUCAGAAAAACAAACACGAUUUAACAAGCUGCAAAAACUUGGUAAAGCAUUGUCUGAUUUGUGGAAUCUCAUGGAUACACCCAAUAAAGACCGUCAAGAAUAUCUACAAGUUGCCAAUCUAUCAUCUAUGCCAUCAAUAGCGAUAUCCACUCCUGGAAGCCUUACUCUGGACAUGGUGCAGCAGGCUGAGACUGAAGUGAAGAGACUGGAUCAGUUGAAAGCAAGCAAGAUGAAAGAGUUUUUCUUCAAGAAACAAAUAGAGCUUGAGGAUAUAUGCAGAAGAACACACAUGGAAAUACCAUCACGAUCAGAGAUGGAAAAAAUAAUCAACCAAAUAGACUCUGGGGAGAUUGAUCAUGCUGAUCUCCUCACAAGCAUGGAUGAACAGAUAUCAAGAGCUAAAGAAGAAGCUGCUAGCAGGAAGGUGAUCAUGGAGAAGGUUGAAAAGUGGGUAUUGGCACGUGACGAGGAGCUAUGGUUAGAAGAGUACAGCACGGAUGAAAAUCGUUAUUCUGUUCGCAGAGGUGCUCAUAAGAACCUUAAAAGGGCUGAGCGAGCCAGAGUGAUGGUCAACAAGAUACCAGCUUUGGUGGACUUGCUGAUAUCAAAGACUAAGGACUGGGAAGAUGAAAGAAAGAAAGUCUUCUUGUAUGAUGAGGUUCCUCUAUUGGCAAUGCUUGAAGAGUACCAUACGUUGAGGAAGGAAAAGGAAGACGAGAAACAAAGACAAUGGGAACAGAAGAAGGUACAGAUUAAAGUAGUAGCCGAGCCUGACAGCCCAUUUGGAAUAAGGCCAGGCACCAGCAGUCGGCGUCUUUCUGAUAAAAGCAUAAACGGAGGCUUUGGAAGUGCAAGCCUUCUAAACAGAAAAUCUUCCCCCGGCUUACAGCCCAUGGGACCAAACAGCAUCAACUCACCAAGUCAAGGCAUAUCUUCCAUAAACGUAGGAAAGAAAACAAACAGGCAAAGGGCAUACAGUCAGAAAAGAUUUUCUUACCAUCUCAGAGAAGAUACAGUUUCAGUUGUCUCAUCAUUUUCUGGCCCCUUCUCACCCUAGGAUAUUGGGAUCCCAUCAAGAACUAAUUCAAUCGUAUAAUCGGUUUCCAUUGUCUUAUAGUAGUAAGAAAAAGAGUCAUGUCCGGAAAUAAAUUAACAGAUCAUUUCCCAA